CCUCACCUCUCUCCUCUCUCCAUCAACUUCCCACCUUUCUUUCCAUUUUUUUAAUUUUUUUCUUUUUCAAGAACUAUCAGUUUAUUUGGUGAAUAUGAAAAGAUCAUCAACAACUUCAAAGAAAGGUAGUAGUGUUGAAAACAGAGGGUAUAAAUGCAAUGAUGAGCCAAUCAUUGAUUGGGAGCUGAGGCCUGGUGGUAUGCUUGUUCAGAAGAGAGGUGGUGUUGUUGAGUCUGAUGGCGGUGGUGGUUGUGGAGGUCCAAUGAUCAAGAUCAAGGUCUCUCAUGGCUCAUCUCACCAUGAUAUCACCAUCCCUGCUCAAUCCACUUUUGGGGAUCUCAAAAGGGUUCUUGCCCAUGAAACUGGACUAGAGCCUAAGGAGCAGAGGUUGUUGUUUAGAGGGAAAGAAAAGGAUGAUGAGGAAUGUUUGCACAUGGUGGGUGUAGUAGACUUGUCAAAGGUGAUACUAUUGGAAGACCCGGCUAGCAAAGAGAGGAAACUCGAGGAGAUGAAGAGAAAUCAACAUGUAUUAAAUGCCUACAAAGCUGUUGCCAAUGUAAGGGUUGAGGUUGACAAGCUCUCAGACAAGGUCGUUGCCUUGGAGACGGCUGUUCAAAAUGGCAUGAAGGUCGCGGACAAGGAAUUUGUUGUCUUGACAGAGUUGCUCAUGGUGCAGUUGCUUAAAUUAGACACAAUCGAGGCUGAUGGAGAAGCAAAAGUGCAGAGGCGAAUUGAGGUUCAUCGUGUCCAGAGUUUUGUGGAUGCACUUGACAAUCUCAAGGCAAGUAAUUCAAAUCCUGCAUUUAGAAAUUCUAAUCCUUUUAGCAACAGCAUCAACGCUGUGUCGGUGUCAACCAAGUGGGAGGCAUUUGAUUCGGGAGUAGGGAGUCUCGCUCCAAACCAAAGACAAUCGUCUACAAAAAUCACUCAGGAUUGGGAAUUGUUUGAAUAAUUGAACAUUUCUAGCAGCCGUUUUCGUGUUUUUGUAUAAUCUCAUAUCGAAAGAGUUUGUAUAAAUGGAUCGUUCCUAGCCAGUCGUUUUUGUGUUUUUGAUUGUGGAUGGAUAUGCUUACUUGGUACUAGGAAGAGGAACAGGCCUUCAUGAAUAAUGUGUGGAAUGUUGUUUGUACUUGCCAUUUUGAAAACACUACUGAGAUCUUUUGUAUACUUGACUUUUCUGCUUUGUUAUAGGAAGGAAGACAGUUUUCAAUGUCCAUGUGGAAUUUGUUUUGUUCUCUGCAAAAAAAGGAAGUUACAUUAUUCAAGCUUUAA